AUGCCACCCCGGUCAGUAUUAAUAACCUACACUGUCCAUCCAUCACCUCCUCCGCCCCAUGUGAUCAGUACGAUACAAGGUAUCAAGACACAACUCCCUUUGAGGAAUUUACAUUGGAAAUCUGGUUCUAGGACCGCGUUACGGACUAUUCAGGAAGUAGAUGUCGAGUUGGUCGAACUUGGUGAAGUCUCUUCUAGGGGAAAAGAAGUUAAUGGGAGUGUGCUGGAUAAUCCUUUGGUAAAUAUCUGUAUGGUAUCUUGUGAAGACGCAGAAGCAUACAAAUCUUACACACGCUCAUUUAUACGUGAUUGGCUCUCUCUCCUCGCCGCCAGGAGAAACGUUCAUGCACCUCUCAUUGUGCUAGUCAAUCCUCCCUCCUCCACAGCUAGCGCGGGGAAGAAUGUAUUUGGGAGAGAUAAAGGUAUCUUGGGGAAAUUGAAAGCGGAUUUCAAUCAAGGCAAGAGGGAUAGAUGCGUGCAGGUCCAUAUCCCCUCCGGAGACAUCACCGAUCCUACCACUUGGCCAGAAGUGAUAAACAAGCUCAAAGAGAGUCUCGUCAUUGCGUUUGAUGGAGCUAUCCUCGAGCGAGAAGAAGAGAUCAGACGGAAUGAUCUUAAUCGAUUGCAACCAGGAUGGAACUUUUGCACACAUUUUCUCCUCAAAGAAUCCCUCGCUCAUUCUUUCGAAGCUGUCAACCUUCAUGAGGACGCCCUGAUCGUCUACGAAGAACUUGAAGCUGCUUUCUUUCAGGUGCUCAAAGAACAAAAUCUCUCAUGGUUCGGUAAACUGGGCGCAACUGGUCCUCAAGACGACUCGUUGCCUAUACUCGAUACUACCGCAAAACCUUAUCGGCAUUUACUCCAAACGAGCUCUAUCAGCAUUUUCGAUUUCCGCAUUUAUGUUUUUGCACGACAAGCCGCCCUUCUCGGGAAGCUCGGAAGGAUCACAGAAAUCGCUAAACGGGGACAAUGGUUUGUAGCUAGUUUGACGAGACGUUUGAGAGAAAGCGAGGGAGAUCUCGCGGAAUAUUUCAUCGAAUCUUGGACAUACACCGCUUGCAUGGAUAUCGUCCAUCGAUGUGACGAAUGGUCUCGUAUCGACCGACCCAAUGGCGAUUAUUCGGGUUUGAUAGCCUACGAAUCGGCCCGUUCAGAACUACUAGACAUCGCUCGUGUUCAAGUGGAACGCAUUGCCGUAGCUGCAGGUCAUCUACCAGAUAUUUACCCUUUCUCACCCACACAACCCCUUGUCACCGCUCAGGAGGACGUAUUGUUCGAAUCAUCCGAUGCGGGCAUCAGCGAUUCUGCCCAAGCAGACAACCAUCCAAGACCAGUGUUAUCUAACCAACCAUUCAUCGAAGCCCUGGCGGAUGAGACAAAGUGCAGGAAUUUAUAUUUGACCUUGACCAAGAAGGCUAUCAUGGCGUACGAAGCAUGCGGCAAGGUCAAUUCUGUCAUCAGAUUGAAAGCAGAUAUCGCGGCAUUGGCACUGCAUACGUCUGAAUGGACGGCGGCGUACGAUUUGUGCAGAGAUCUGGCCAUGAAUUGCGCAGAGUUACUCAUUUGGGAGAAAGUAGCUAGAUACUCACUCGACGGGGCACUUCGAGCGCAUCGCGAGUUGAAGAGGGAUAAAGAUGAAGAAUGGGUCAACUUGGCACUCGCUUACCUCCGUGUUUGUGCUGGUGCCAAUCUAACAGAUGAUGUGAGCGAGCUUGGGGAGGUACUGCAGGGUUUGGAAGAGGUGUCUGAUGAGCGAGAUAUUCCCACACAAAAAGUCUUCUCCGUCCAUCUGCUAGCCAAACAAGCAAAAGCGGAAAAGGGGGGAGAUGUGUCAUUUUUGGAGGUGGAAGUGAUCAACAUGCUCCCACUGAGCGUCAAAGUAGCCGACGUCGUGUUGGAUUUAACUAGUUCACAUGGUGACGAGAUAGUCUUCUCCUCAGGUUCAUUGGAUUUGCAGCCCGGAAAUAACGUCGUGAAAGUGAUCUGUAAUACAUCGGUUGAGGGAGUCUUCUCCCUCAGAUCCAGCCAAAUACUCCUCGGAUCCAUCAGCUUCUCUCAAUCGUCGCCAGGAGAUGUGAUGGUACAUAUGACCAGACCAGACGGCGGUGUGAAAGCAGUCAUACGAAUGCCAUAUAGGAUCGCUCUGCACGAAGAAAGUCACUUAGUCGUUGAAAUCCAUUUCGGUGGAUGUACCAUGCGUCAAACACGACUUGUCCUUCGUACUGGGAAGAAUGACAUCCGACUUAUACUCCCUAACGUAACGUGCGAUAACCACCCCAUCACUGUACUUGGUAAUCAAGUACAUCUCGGAGAUGUAGACUCUCAGUCGUCUCUUCUGGUUUCAGUGCCUUACUCUGGAGUAUCACAGGGUGAAUCCUCCCGAAUAGGUCUUGGUGUCUUCUAUGAGACAUCUUCUGGAGAAGAAAGAGCGUAUCUCGAUGAACAAGGUGUCUUCAUGGGUCUCCCACUGACUGUCAAUGUUCAAGAUUUCUUCCGGCCUCAGUGCUUGUUGAGUCACUUCACCAUAGCCUCGGAUGGGAGGGAGUAUCUACGUAUCGAUUCUGUGGACCUUAGUAGUGAUCCGACUGGGGGAUCAUACGAAGUUGAAACCAGAAUGAAGAAAGGACGUUGGCCUGUGGUCGGUUCCUCACUUUCUUUCGUGAAUACGUUGUUGAUUGAAAAGACUGUAACUCCUUUGCAGAGUCUAUCGACAGUGUUCAAAAUCAUGCCAAAAUUGACAUCUGCUGAACCGUCUUCUGGCUUGUUACGUCUCUCCAUUCGGUAUCGGAAUGUAGAAGAAGAAGCGCACAACAUAAUUGACUCGGUUCUACGAGAACUGACCAAGGAGAAAACUUCCAGUCAACUCAACUCCAGACAACAUCUCCAAAACAUGUUGUCCGAUCGUACCAUCUGGAUUCAUAAAUACCUCGCUACGGGCAAUUUAGCGGACUGUAUGAUAACUUCAGACCCUCUCUCAAUUCAUCUUCGAGAUGCUCUGAAUUCAUAUCGAGACGAGAACGUUCAAUGGCGCACACUGGAAAUUCCAGUAGAAGUACCUUCUCGUCGCAUCCUCGUUGGGGCUCGGUACGACUUAAUUGACGACCUCAAGCAGGACAGGGCACAAGUAUCAGAGGGACAAGCGUUGAGUGUGAAGCUGUCAUUAAAGGCCAGCUUCGGUUGGGCUGGCGAGGUGGAGGGGGAUUUGAGGAUGGUUUUCGACGUUCAGGCUAGUGCGGACGAUUGGUUGGUUUUGGGUAAAAAGAAGGGUCAUAUCAUCUUUUCGAAAGAAAAGAAUAAAACUCAUACGGCCUCUUUAGUCCUCGUUCCCAUGCGCCCAGGACACCUUUUCUUCCCACAUGUCCAAACACACCUAUCCGACCUUAAAGUCACAGAGAUGAUAUGCGAGACAUACGUUGAGAACGCUGCCGAGUCGGUGGAGGUUUUACCCGCUCGAGGCGGAGUGACAGCCGUGGUCCCUUUGCCUAUGUGGACUGUCCCAGAGGGGUUCCAAGGAUCAGGGAGAAGAGGUAAUGACGAUUAA